AUGGACUCCAUUGUGCACCUUGCAGGCGAAAACGUAGCCACAGGUUCUGGGCCGCUUGGGUUCCUGGGUAUUCAGGCCUGGAGCGAGGAGAAGAAGAUUGCAAUUAUGCAGUCUAGACUAGUUCCCACAAGAGCCUUAGCCCAAGCUGUGGCAUCAACGUCCAAACCCCAGUUGUUCUUGGUUGCAUCCGGAAUCGGAGUCUAUGGAGACAAUUUCAUUGGAGACGAACGCGAGGCGGUUGACGAAACCGCCGAUAUUAGUGGCUCAAACGGCUUUUUGGCCGAUGUUUCUCGUCAGUGGGAGGCUGCAAGCGAAAACGCGAAGGUGGGAAAAAACCGUGUUGUGAAUAUGCGGUUUGGAGUUGUUCUAUCCAAAAAGGGAGGAGCGCUUGGGAAGCUUUUUCCUGUUUUCUAUCUUGGUGGCGGUGGCAAUGUCGGCUCUGGUAAGCAGAACUUUAGCUACAUAUCUGCCCGAGAUUUGGCACGUGCUAUCGUGUUUACGUUGGAGACGCCCUCUUUGCAAGGCCCCGUCAAUUUUUCUGCACCAAAUCCUUGCACGAAUUCCGAGUUCACCAAAGCACUCGGAAAAGCGAUGGGCCGCCCAACUAUUUUGCCUUUUCCGGCUUUUGCAGUUUCACUAUUGUUUGGAGAAAUGGGAGAAGAAAUGCUUCUCGGUGGAGUCAAGGCCCUUCCUGGAAAAUUGUCUCAGAGUGGUUUUGAGUUUCAACACCCAACAAUUGCAGACGCUUUGAAAAGCGCGCUAGAAGAAGAUAUCUAG